AUGAAGUUCCAAACAAAGGCGCUCGAUGUUCUCGAGACAACGUCCCACUUCCUUAAGUCUGGGGCUGUGGAACUGACCCCUGCCUGGUACACGGUUGUCGGUGCCAACCCACCGUUCAAAAACCAAAUCAAAGUCCCAACUUUCAACUAUCAAAAAGUCGCCAAAGAACAAGAAUCAUUCUUAGACACUGACAAGGAAUCCAAGGCUAAGAAGAGCACUAAGCGCUUCCAGUACAAUGCCAACACCGGCUUCUACAAGACCAGAAUAACAAAGGGAAACUCAGUGGAAACCGAUGUAUACAAGCCAAUCAAGUUGAAGUUUUUGCAAGACGAACUCAGAAAUUUGUUUUAUUACCAACAUCCAUGGGAACUUGCCGACGGUAAGAUCUUGGUGGAAGGCAACAGCGUGGUUGACUACGAGAAGCUUGACUGGUCCUCGAUAAUCCAAUUGAACAAGAAGUUGGACGGGGAAUCGGUGGUCCAAAGAACAUUAUACAUACUCAAAGACAACAAGAAACAGGUGAAACAGAACCCAAGCAUCGAGAAAAUAUCGUUGGAAAAAGCAUACAACCAGGCCAGAUUUGAAUAUUAUCAGAUUAAGAUGGCCAGAGAGGCCGAGGUGCAAGUUGCCCAAGAAGAAGCCACGUUUUCUGGAGCCGUCUUCAAACCAUCGAGCAUUGAAGUUGGUUUCGAAAAAGAAUCGCAAGUGUUGAGCAAGUGGAAGGAAGACGCGUUGGCAGAAACUAAGAGAAUUGAGGCUCUUAGAUCCGGAAACAGUGCCGGCCCAGAAGCUGGAGAAUCUGAAGGAGCUCUCGAUGACGUAUUCGACGAUAUCCCAGAAGCACAAGAAGAAUCGAAAUGA